CAAUAGCUAGUUCCUCUUCGUAGUUUUUUGACCUAUCCUUCAUCUUCCUUGAACAUGUUAGGGAAAAAGAUGGUAUCUUUCAAGAAACUGGCAAAAAGGGUGAAGGGGGUAGGUGGAUUUGAGCCUGAUCCUUACCCUGCUCAUCAUGAGGGUUUGCUCAAUAACUAUGAAGAAAAAUGUGUGACUAACUCACCCCCGACAGGGUUUUUUGCUCUUUAUGUCGGAGAAGAGCGGCAAAGAUACGUGGUUCCAACGCGCUACCUUUCUCACCCCUUGUUCAAGAUGCUGCUGGAGAAGACUUACAAUGAGUUUGGAUUUUCGCAGAGGAAUGGACUAGUAGUUCCAUGCAGUGUUUCCACGUUUGAGGAGGUUCUGAAUGCCAUAGAAUGCAACAACGGCAAGUUUGACUUGGGAAAGUUUUUUGCAGAGUUUGUUUGAAUCGCAUGAAACGCAGAGUCUCUCUUUUUUUUCAAGCUAUAAUGUAUUAUCACACGCACAUGUAAUGCACAACACUCCAGAUAGGUAUAGCUUUAACUUUAACUCUGCAUGAUGUUGUGUUGUUGCAACAUUUUCAGAUAGAAUAGAUCUGACUUAAAAUAGUGAUUCGAUGAA